GAUUAAAACGAAAUAAUACGAAUUGACAGAAUUGUCAUCACCACUCGUUGGAUCUGCAAUCUGCCCCAAUCUCAUUACCAAUAGCCAUCCCAAAAAUCUCCCACGAAUCUCUCUGUUUUCCCCGAGUUCAGAUCCAAAGAUGAACGAUGCGGAUGUCUCCAAGCAGAUUCAGCAGAUGGUCAGAUUCAUCCGCCAAGAAGCGGAGGAAAAAGCCAACGAGAUCUCCGUUUCCGCCGAAGAAGAAUUUAACAUCGAGAAAUUGCAAAUAGUGGAGGCAGAGAAGAAGAAGAUCCGACAAGAGUAUGAACGCAAACAGAAGCAAGUUGAAGUUAGAAAGAAAAUUGAAUACUCCAUGCAACUCAAUGCUUCUCGGAUCAAGGUUCUUCAAGCACAAGAUGACUUGGUUAAUGCCAUGAGAGAGGCAGCAUCAAAGGAUCUUUUGAAUGUGAGUCAUCACAAGUUUCAUCAACAUCAUAACUAUUCAGGACUCUUGAAAGGUCUCAUUGUUCAGGGUUUACUGAGAUUGAAAGAACCAUCUGUGUUAAUGAGAUGUCGUAAAGAAGAUUUGCAUAUAGUGGAAUCAGUUCUUGAUGAUGCAAAAGCAGAAUAUGCAGAGAAAGCAAAAGUUCAUGAACCUGAAGUUGUUGUUGACACAAUCCACCUUCCAUCUGGCCCUUCUCAUGAUGACCCUCAUGCUCUUUCCUGCUCUGGAGGUGUAGUUUUGGCUUCUAGAGAUGGUAAAAUUGUGUUUGAAAACUCUCUUGAUGCUCGUUUGGAUGUUGCAUUCCGUGGGAAGCUUCCUGAGAUCCGAAGGUUGUUGUUUAGCCAGGUGGCUGCUUAAACAAGUAAUGUGAUUUAUGUAUCUAUCUCUCAAUCAAUCUUUAUCAUGAGAAAGAACCUUCAUCGGAUCAUUUUCAAGUCAUCAUCUUUGUGUUUAAACUCUCAGUAUUUAUGGCAUUUGUUUGAAUAAAUAAACAACAUUCCAUGUUACAUCCCUUGCUUGUAUUCUUUUAAGAAUUUUGUCACCUUUUUUGAACCAUUAUGAAUUAUUUGUUUGUGGGCGA